UGUCUCUGUCGGAGUUGAAGCCAUUCAGUUGCCACUUAGAAAGGUGCCAAGUCCAGAGCUGAUGGGUAGAAAACCAACUCACACUCGAAGUAGCCUUGACGUUUUUCACCAUGCCCACCAAAUCCAGGAAAUCGAGUUCUAGUCCUGCCAAGAAGACCGGCGGUCUAAAAACGCCUAAAAAGAGUUUGUCCAGUGCCAAGACCACCAAGACAGAGGGGGACAUCUUCAGUCUAGCAGCCAGGGAGAACGUCUACUACAUCUCCCACAAUGCAGUGGACUGUCUGGCAUUCAGAGGCUUUGGGUGGCCAAAUGCGAAGAAAAAGAAGAAAGGGAAGAAGAAGGGAACAAAAAGGAAGAAGAAAAAGUAG